AGAGUGACGAAAUGACCCACAUGUUGUCUGGAAAUGAUGCGAUGAGCCUUGAACCUGCCCAGGGAUAUAUUGUAAUGGUUUCUGCAUAUAACAACCUGUAUGUUGGUGAGGUCAGCGCUUCUGCAGAAAGUCAGACAAGUGACGGAUGCCCGACAGCGCCGCUUAUCUCCGAGAAGGCACAGGAAGGCACGUGUGGUGUUAACUGGACUGAACCAUCUGGAGACAAGGGGAAUAUCACAGGCUAUUCGUAUUGGACACCGGACUCGUGUCUGCUACUGAGCAGGAACCUGUCCUUACGUCACCAGAACAAGACCAGGAAUGGACAGAGUCUUUAG